AGCGCUUCACACACAGCAGCUAUAAUGUAUAUUAAUGUACAUUACAUCCCGGGAUGUAUAGCUUUAAAUUAUCUUAAUGUAUCACACACACAACAGGUAAUGUAAUGUAUCUUUCCCUUCAUUUCAUUGGCAUACGUCCCGAUUGACAUACUCUCCAGCUGCUAAAGUGUUAUAAAGGGUGUUCUUAUUUUUAAUGUUAUAAUACUAUGGACCCGUCGAGUUACUUACUAUUAGAUCUACUAGAUAGUUCAUCAGAAGAUGAUUUGGAUUGUGAUUUUGACGCGCGUAUUGCCACAUGUGCCAAAAACAGAACGAUGUGGAUUGAAGAUCACAUAAAGUAUAAGGAAAUUUCCGGAGAGUUUAAAAUAUUUGAUGAAUUAUCUGACGGAAAAUUUUGUGAUUAUUUCCGGGAGUCAAGAUCAACCUUUUCCGAACUUCAUGAUCUAAUUAAAGAAGAUAUUAAGAAAAAUGAUACCCACAUGCGAAAAAGUAUAUCUUCUGAAGAACGACUUGCUGUGUGCUUAAGGUACUUGUCAACUGGAGAAUCAUUCAGGAAUAUAGCCUUCAGUUACAGAAUUGGAGAAUCUACUGUGGCUAAUAUUAUAACAGAAGUAUGCGAUGCUUUAUGGAAGUACCUUCAGCCCAAAGUCUUAUCAGAGUCAACGCAAGAAACAUGGAAAGAUAUCGCAACCGACUUUAAAGAAAUGUGUCAAUUCGAUCAUUGUUGCGGCGCGAUCGAUGGGAAGCAUGUGACUGUGAAGGCCCCACCUAAUUCUGGAUCUGAUUAUUUUAAUUACAAAAAAACUUUUUCAAUAGUGCUACUCGCAGUAGCCGACGCAAGGCGAAAAUUUACAAUUAUAGAUGUGGGAUCCAAGGGACGAUUCAGCGACGGUGGAAUUUUUUCGCAAAGCGAAUUUGGAAAAAGAUUACAUAAUGGUCAAUUACGAUUGCCUGAAGAGGAGCCCUUGACUUCUGGCGGACUAAAUAUGCCUUACGUUUUUAUUGGCGACGAAGCUUUUCCGCUGUUGCCGAAUUUAAUGCGCGUAUAUCCUAAAGAUAUGCUGUCAAAGAGUCGUAGAAUUUUUAACUACAGACUUUGUAGAGCACGUAGGAUUGUAGAAAACGCAUUUGGUGUGCUAUCAUCUCGUUGGAGAGUAUACAAGAGACCAUUAGAAGGUAAGAUUGAUAUGGUUGAUAAAAUCAUUAAAGCAACUUGUGUCCUACAUAACUACUUUAUCGAAAAACGAAUAGAUAGGUAUUUCAAUGUUUCAACAGACAGGAACUUAAGACAAGUGGCAAACAAUCAGUUAACGCUAUUAGAGUCAACUGAAAUGACGUAUUUAAAUGAAAGUUUCUUUAUUAGAGAAGAAUUUUGCAGAUACUUUAAUACAGUUGGAGCCGUCUCUUGGCAAGAUACACGAAUUGAAAACAGAUUAAAUGUAAGAUAAUUAAUAUAAGAAACUUAGGUUAAAAAAACGUGUUUUAUUGCCUACCUACGAGACAUUCGCCUAAAUAUUGCCGCUCUCUUCUAACGCGUAAAAACUAUUCUUAAUUUCUUCAAAUCUCCUAAGUGCGUAAACCGAUUAACAUGAUUCAAACGGAUAAAAUAGUUUUAGACCUAGACCUUUCAUUUAGUACCAAAUCCGUUAAAUAAUCUCAACAAACAAAAAGUCACAUUUUCAAGUUGCUCUCGUAAUUAUAAAAAAUCAAAUUCCUUAAUUCAGACAUGAGGCCAUAUUGUUAGUAUGAACAAAGUAACUAAUUAGUGUUAGUAAUAUGUGAAGGUUUAUAGUUUCAUAGUUUUUAAAUGAUAAAGUGUA